AUGAGCAUUUUCAAAUUGCCUGUACUGUUACUAAAAGAAAUCGAGGCCCUUUUGGCUAGGUUCUGGUGGCACCAUAAAGGGGAAGGAAGAGGCAUUCACUGGAAAUCAUGGAGCUCUCUGGGCUUGGUAAAGAACGAAGGUGGUAUGGGUUUUAGGGAUCUCAGUUGCUUUAAUAAAGCCCUUCUGGCCAAGCAAGCUUGGAGGCUGAUUAAGGAACCUCAGUCGCUGGUUUCCAGAGUGUUCAAACAGAAAUACUUUCAGAAUUGUGAUUUAUUGGAGGCUAAAUUGAAAGGCUCGUCAUAUUCUUUCUUCUGGAGAAGUCUUUGGUCCAGCGUGGAUCUGUUGAAGGAAUGA